AUGUCUGUGGGCAACCUAUACGUUAUUCGGGGACAUGUAGACAGUGUAUUUGGAAGGGAAUGGUUGAAACUAUUCAACAUUGAGCUUCAGAAAGAGAAUGACCACAAAACUAAGAAGGAUGGAAACAUAGUGGAAUACAAUAAGUCAUUGACAGGAGGCCGGUACCAUGAUAGGAAGGGAUUUAAUCACCCGGCACUCGACCAGAUAUCCAAAGAGCCUGAGACUCGAUUGGCCACCAAGAGACAGGCGAGAGAUGAAGCUAGAGAAAUCAGGACGAAGGAACUAGAAAGUCACCAGCUUUACAGCAAAUAUAACUUUAAAAACCACGAUGUAUACUCCACUCCAAAUAGAGCUAGCUCUGCCACCAAUCCAAGUAGAUCUCAGCUGUGCUCAAAGAACAGCUAUAAAUCGUCAAAUUGUACUUCUGAGGACUCUAUGGAGGAGGUCAACAGCAUGCAAGUUGCCAGUAUUAAUCCAAGGGAAUGUGAGGAGAAGUUCAGCAAAGCUGUGGUAACCAAAGCACAUCUGGACAGUGUGAAGAAGGCUAGAGUAGAGUACCAGAGUGAUAUUUCCAAGAAAAAUACAAGGAUUUUGAGAAACAUCUUCAAGUGUUGA